GUUAAAAAAGUGGAGAUCAAAGAAGUUCUCUGAAAAAAUUGAAUUAUCGAUUGUCUCUCUCACGGAAUCCGGCGCAUAGCUCCAAUCUUCCGGCGGCGGUUGUGAUUGCCGGCGAGCAACACAUUCAUCCGCAAACGACCUCUCUUUAUCCUUGUCCAGUAUCAAAACCUAGGAUUCGGGGCCUAGAAGUCUGCAAAUGGCCACUCGUCACCAGCCUUCUUUCUUGAAGAUCUUGCAGGACCCAUCCGCUGCCUCUCACAUAGCACUACCACCAGAUUUUGUCCGUGAUCACAUGGAGAACAAGAUCCCUGAGAGCUCGAUAAUCCGAUCUGUAACUGGAGAGCAUUCAUGGAAUGUGAAGAUCAAAAACAUUGAUGGAAUCCACUGUUUUGCAGAUGGAUGGAACAAUGUAGUUGCAGAUAGCCAGUUGGGUUUAUGGGAUUUUCUUAGGAGGAGGGAAGAAGAAGAAGAAGAAGAAGAAGAAGAAGAAGAUAAUAAUGGUGCUGGUGAUCAUGGUGUUGGUAGUGAUGGCGAUGAAGAAGAUGAUGAAGAUGGCUGUGGUGAGAUCCGCGGGGAUGAUGAUGGUGUUGGAGAUCCUUUCGUUAAGAUGAUUAUAUCUCAAGGCCACAAAUGUUGUAUGCGGGUCCCGUCGGAAUUUGUGCGGUUGGCCGGAAUCGAUGUGGGAAGAAGCAUAACCAUGAGGAAUCCUGCCGGAAAAGAGUGGCAGAUGAGUUUUCGUUCAGAGAGCAAGGUGUGUACAAGGUACUAUUUGUCUUCAGUUUGGAGUGAUUUCUGGCGACUGAAUAACUUAUCAGAAGGAGAUGAAUGCGUCUUCAAGUUCCUGAAAAACGAAGACAAAUUACUUAUAGAAACCAUCACCAAGAAACACCCAGCCGGAAAAGUUCAGGCAGCUGAGGUGGUGGCGAAGAAAAAGGUGCAAGCCCGUAAAGUUCCGGCGACUGUGGUUUUGACGAGACCGGUAGGGCGGCCGCCGCGUGUGGAGGUGGAGAAGAAGAAGGUACGGGCCAAGAAGCCAGCUGGAAAAGUUCAGGCGGAUGAGGUUAGGGAACCGGUAGGACGGACGCCGCGUGCGGAGGUGGUAUGGAAAGAGGUGGGGAAGAGAUCAGUUGGAAGACCACGUAAGAGGAAGAGGAAGAGUACAGCUGGCCUCUGAUGUUACGUUUAC